AUGGGGUUUGAACACAAAAGGGAGUGGCAUCACCACUUGAGAAGCGCGUUAUGGGCGGACUGUAUCAUGCCUAAGAAUAUUUUAAAGAACUCUCCAUACAAGCUUGUCUAUGGCAAAGAUGCCUUAUUUCCCGUAUCUUUGGAUAUCCUCGCUUUGCAACUCCUCAAGUCCAUUGAGGUGGCCAAAAAUGAGCCCAUGGAGGUAAGGUUGGCAGAGCUUAUGGAGCUAGAAGAAGCAAGGGAAGUGGCAUUCAAAUCUCUUCAGAACCACCAACAAACCAUCAAGAGGUGGUUUGAUAACAAGAAGAGUUCUGACUCGGAGCUCAGACCGGGAGAUCUUGUUUUAAAAUAUAAUGAGAGGGUAGCCAGGCUAGGUCAGCAUGCUAAGUUUGAUGGUUUAUGGGAGGGACCCUUUCGCAUCAUGAAUUGUAAGGGGUUUAAUGCAUUUGACUUCGAGAAUAUGCAAGGGGAAUCUCUCGAAAUCUCGGUUAACGGGUUUCAUCUUAAACCUUUCUAUUAA